AUGGAUCCCAUUCUAGAACUUGAAAGACGACUUGAUGAAUUACUUGAAUUAAUGAAUAAUGUUGAAAGUUAUUUUAAUACAAUCAAUAAUCAAAUUAAUAUAGUUCGAAGAAACAUAAACACAGCAAAAUUAAAUAAUGGGAUACGAUUUAUGGAAAUAGACGGACCAGUCCGACAGCAAAGAAAUCCGGCAAGAGAGCUCAUCACAGUUCAAGAAAAUGAAGAGACUUCGUUUGUCGUUUUGAAUGAAGUCGAAUCAGAGUUAUUCUCAAUUGCAAAUUCGUCUACGAGUGAUAUACAACAAGAUAAUUCUAAUGCUGCUAUUAUUUCGCCUACACUUUCCAUUGAGUAUACCCAAGAUCUAGUAGUUGUGUAUGAUUCUCAAAUUGAUAAUCAUGAACCUAUCGGAACUUUUUUUGGCUACAAUUAUUGGAUUAAUUUUUUAUUGUUUUAUUUAUUUGGCGUUUUUAUAAUGGUUGUUUGGUUUUUUUAA